CUCUAGAAGGACGUCCCUCCUGUUGGGUACGUCACGACGUUUUUCUCGCAUCCCUGCGCGUCGGCGGCUUGUCCUCCGUGUGAGCUGUGUGUAACGGUGACCAGUAUGGGAGUGACUGUGGAUUCUAUCUGCCCCGGGGACGGACAGACCUACCCAAAGAAGGGUCAGAAAGCUGUGGUGCACUAUGACGGGUAUCUUCAAGAUGGAAGGAAGUUUGACUCUUCUCGUGACAGGAAUAAGCCCUUCUGUUUCUGCGUUGGAAGGAAUGAGGUGAUCCGCGGAUGGGAGGAAGGCGUGGCACAGAUGAGUGUGGGUGAAAGAGCACGUCUGACUUGCACCCCAGAUUACGCAUAUGGCCUCACAGGUCACCCUGGCAUCAUCCCUCCUAAUGCCACCCUUAUCUUUGAUGUGCAGUUGUUACGACUGGAGUGAGGGUCACCCUGACCCUAGAGUGUGGGUGCGCCCGAUGACUCUACUGCCGUGUGAACAGAGUGCAGAACACAGUGGACACAAAGCCUGACCCUAUUACCCUACACACCUCCACAUGCUGCCUUCUUGCCUUCCUACUCUGGGCAUUACUAAGCAAUCCCAUUGGAUGCAGUUUAUGAAAGGGUUAAGAUGGCUGCGCCAGUCACUCUCCCCUCUGAGCCGGUAACGUCAGAGCUCUUAUAAGGGAGUAAUGUUUGUUAGUAUUUUUGAUCACCUGCUGAAGAUGCCCCUGAUGCCAGUCCAGCGAAUGCACUGGAGGGAUGAGGACAGCGCUUGCAAUGUACCCUCUGACCAUUCCGGAGCUGUCUACCCUGCAUUGCAGAGCCUGCCAAAUGUCAUUCCAGCUCUUUAGUGCCACGUCUGCUUUUUCCUUUUCGUGGCAGGGUUCUGUCUCGUCUGUACCGCAUGCAGCCCCCACCUCACACAAUCACAUUAAAGAGCUUUUCUCUAUCUA